AUGUUCGGUAUCUUUACUGGACUUCUAGGUACAGCAUUCUCAAUUCUUAUCCGAUUAGAACUAUCUGCACCAGGUAGCCAAUUCCUAGCAGGUGACCACCAACUAUUUAACGUUAUCAUCACUGCUCACGGUAUUAUGAUGAUUUACUUCAUGGUAGUACCAACAAUGGCUGGAUUCGCCAACUACAUGGUUCCAGUACUUAUUGGAGCACCUGAUAUGGCAUUUCCGCGAUUAAAUAACGUGUCAUUCUGGAUUCUUCCACCUGCUAUCGUGCUAAUUCUAGCCAGUGUAUUCGUAGAACAAGGAAUGGGAACAGGUUGGACUAUGUAUGUUCCACUAUCAGGGGUGCAAGCUCACUCUGGUGGUUCAGUAGAUCUAGCUAUCUUCUCACUUCACCUAUCAGGAAUCUCAUCAAUGCUUGGGGCAAUGAACAUCAUUACAACAAUCAUCAACAUGCGAGCACCUGGUAUGACUCUACACAAAAUGCCACUAUUCGUUUGGGCUAUGCUAAUGCAAUCAGUUAUUAUCGUACUAUGUAUUCCAGUACUAGCUGGAGCAAUCACAAUGAUUCUAACAGAUCGAAACUUUAACACUUCAUUCUACGACCCAGCAGGAGGAGGUGACCCGGUACUAUACCAACACCUAUUCUGGAAUGGGUUCUUCGGACACCCUGAAGUAUACCUAAUGAUUAUUCCUGGAUUCGGUAUGAUCUCACAUGUAAUCUCAACAUUCUCUGGAAAACCGGUAUUCGGAUACCUUGGAAUGGUUUACGCUAUUGCAUCAAUUGGAAUUCUUGGAUUCAUUGUAUGGUCACACCACAUGUACGCUGUAGGACUUGACGUAGAUACUCGAGCUUACUUCACAGCAGCUUCAAUGAUUAUUGCAGUACCAACAGGUAUUAAAGUAUUCUCAUGGCUAGCAACAUGUUACGGUGGAUCAGUUCGAUACACAGCACCUAUGCUAUUCGCACUAGGAUUCGUAGCUCUAUUCACAAUUGGAGGACUAACAGGAGUAGUUCUAGCGAACGCUUCAAUGGAUGUGGCAAUGCACGACACUUACUAUGUUGUAGCACACUUCCACUACGUUCUAUCAAUGGGUGCCGUAUUCUCAAUUUACGCUGGAUUCUACUACUGGGCACCUAAAAUCCUAGGAAAAAUGUACAACGAAACACUUGGACAAGUGCACUUCUGGACACUAUUCAUCGGGGUAAACACUACAUUCAUGCCACAACACUUCCUUGGACUGGCCGGAAUGCCUCGACGAAUCCCUGACUACCCUGAUGCAUUCGAAGGAUGGAACUACGUAAGUUCAAUCGGUUCAAUCAUUUCAGUUGUAGCAACAGCGAUCUUCCUAUACGUGAUUUACGAUAUGCUAGCAAACCAACCAGUUGCAGUAGCUAACCCGUGGGCACAACCUGCCUUCUUUAUGAGCACACCAUCAUACCUUAAAGAAUCACCUUCUAGCACAACACUAGAAUGGACACUACCUAGCCCAACACCGUACCACGCAUACCACAUGAUGCCAGUACAAUCAUAG